AUGGCUGCUCAUUCCCCUCUAAGAUUCGCUGUCCACGUGGCACCCCCCAUUCCCUGUGUUGACUUUAUCAACAACGUCAAGGAAGGAAAUACCUGGUCGCCUAUUUCAUGCACCUUGGUAUAUUCAGAUACGGAAGCAGUUCUUGUUGAUACGCCAAUCACUAUUGAACAGACAAAAGGUUUAAUUUCUUGGAUCGACAAAGUUGCACCGAACCGCAAGCUUUCAUACAUCUACAUCACUCACGGCCACGCUGAUCACUUUCUGGGUAUUUCGCAGCUGGUUCAGCGCCAUCCUGGGGCGGUUCCUCUGGCAACCAAGGCCACAAUCCAGCACAUUAAGCAACAGUUGGAAGACGAGUACUUUCAAAACACCUGGGAGGCUUUUUUCCCAGUUGGCCAGAUUCACAAGCCCAUAACCCGACCGAAGCCUUUGCCAGACAGCAAUGAAUUCAAGUUGCAAGGCCGCUGGGUCUUCAAAGCGAUCGAAGUAGGACACUCCGACACAUAUGACUCUUCUGUGCUCUGGGUACCAGACCUUAAGCUCGCAGUCUGUGGUGAUGCCGUUUAUGGCGAGGUCCAUCAGAUGCUCUUCGAAGCCAAUACGAAGUCUAAGCGGGAGGAGUGGAUUCGUGCCGUAGAGAAGGUUGAGGCGCUCGGCCCCGCAUAUGUUGUUCCAGGUCACAGAAAGGCGGAGGAGCCAGACGGCGUGUGGCAUCUUGCGAACACCAAGAUGUACCUCCUUAACUGGGGAUAUUUACUUCGGGACCGACCUAAGGACCCUCGGGAGCUAUAUGAAGCUAUGAUAAAGCUGUAUCCUAACAGGUUUAACCGAAUGCCCGUGCUUUGGAGCGCCAAAGCAGCUUUCCAAGCACCAGAACAGGCGAGGUUUUAG